AUGGAUCAGUUACCAUUGGAAAUCAGGUACAUAAUAGCUGAUUGGACAAGACACAUCUCGAAGAAAACCCUACAAGCCCUGUGCCUAGUCAACCGAGAAUGGAAUGAAAUCGCCAGAAUACUCUUGUACCGGCAUAUUACUAUCCACUUGAGAGAAGGGAAAAUUGCCAACAUACCGGAUGACCAACGUAUCCUGGCACACGUAAGACAACUAAGCCUUGUGGCAAAGUGGCAGCCGGGUGCGUGGCAUAAGACACUUCACCUCAAUCACACACAGCCUCUGGUUGAGGACAAGACUCGCGGUCAGAACUCCCAAAUUUCUCGUGCUCUGGAGGGAGCAUUCUCGGGGGAUCACUUCGUCCCGAGAGCUGGUUUCUACGUUAGGGGAGAUUGGAGUCCUAUUAUCGAUCUCAUUCGACGAAUUCCAUGUUUGCACGACGUGAACAUAGUUGUCUUCCAUGGUGGCCCAGUCGAGCUUUUUGAGGCUCUUUCACAAUAUCACCCUUCUUGUCGAGUCUCUAUCUUCAGCACUUUGAUAAAAGAAAACCCCAUUCAAACGUUCUCGUUUCCUAUUAUCGACCCGGUCUGGCUUUCUUCACCAAUGCUGUAUGCUGUUCACUUGACCUGUUUAGAGGGUUUUCCUCGGUUUUAUGAGCAUCCGGAUAGGGUCCUUCAGAAUAUUGUGUUACAUGCGCCUAAUCUUAAGAAGAUCGCAUUGCGAAUCAGCGAUAAAUACAAUUCUCCGACCGGUCAAGAGCAGCUUAACAGAGCCAAUGUGGACAUAGGAGCCAAAAGUGACAAACCACCUGGAUCUGCCAGAAUUGAAACCAUGUCAUGGCCUCUCCACACCAAAAUGACAGCUGUGCAGUUCCAAGAUUGGCAAACAAUCACCGAUUUCAGUGUUCUGAGAUCUUUGAAUGCUGGUUGUAUUGAAGAUUUGACACUACUUCGGUCUAUGGUAAAUAUGCGCCCGUUCCGACAACUACAGCGACUCACUCUUGCCUUAUUUCCACCGAAGGAUAAUAAACCAAGAUUUUGGCAAGUUGCGGAGUCAAUGUUCAGUUCACUACCCCCAUUAACACAUCUCUGUCUUUUGGGAAUGUAUACUCCUGAGUUUGCCAACAAUAUGCUUGGCUGUAAGCAUGGACAGACUCUCCUUGAGCUGGAAUUACAUAGGGAAAUAGUACCUCAUCCACGUUCCAGAGGCAUUUCUCUAUCACGGCUGUGCCAAAAGGGGCAAGCUGGGCCAAUAUUUUCAACUGAGCAUGUUCGAGAGUUGGCCGAUCAUUGUCCAUCUCUACAGAAGCUACAAGUCUGCGUACAGCGAUGUCCAGGUGCCCAAACAGAUCUAUCGAGAGCUCUGAGCCGGUUCCCGUGCCUUGAAAAGCUCGACCUUGUGUUGAAUUGCUUACCGGAAAUGGAUGCCAACAUGAUGCCAGUCCCGUUGCGAGAGCUGACUGACUUUGAAAAGGGUCUGGCAUCGGAUUUCAAAUGGGGUAGUGAUGUUUGCCCUAGAUGGUUCAUUCGCGACUACAUUAUCAACUGUGUGAUGAGCGAGAGCCUUGUCAAGCAAUUCUUCACGCAAAUCCACACAUCUCAAGAACGUCUUGUCCAGCUUGUUAUAAGCCCUCUUAUUGGUGAAUGGGCUCAGUGCUCUAAAUUGGACCAGUACUCUUGUUUCCCAAAUGGAGUAAUGAAAUUUAUCAAAUACCCCCUUUUCAAUACCUUGGCUUCUGUUUGGAAGGUCGAACAAGAGAAUCAUACAGAGCUGCAUGCGAUACGCGAGAAGCCCUUUGACCCUCCCUUACUCGACAAGAAAUGGCCAAAUGAGAUAUUAUCAAUUGUCCGCUCCACUGGUAUAUGGAAGACAGGGCCAGACGUGGAGACUUAUUAG